UUGUUUAAGUUAUGUAAUUUUAAUAACAAUGAUUAAUUCAACAACAAAAAAUUUAUCUUCAUUAAUUCUACUAAUCUCACAAUUUUUAUUUUCUUUAGCUUCAUUUCACAUUCCAUUUGGUAUUGAAGAGGGGGAUGAGUUAAUUCAAUUUAUCGAAAAACCAGCAAUUACAAGAAAAUUACUUCCCGGCCCUCCCUUUACAUUUUUUGAAAGAAAACAAAAUUUAAUUUUUAUUUCGGCAAAUGGAGCUGUUUCCUUUGGAGAACCUUUCGAUACAAAAUCGGAAGAUUUAAGUGAACAACAUAAAGAUAUUAUUGCUGUUUUGUUUGCACCCUCUUCUAACGGAAAAGUUUUUUAUCGAACUUCGCAUAGUGAAACUUUAUUGAGUAGAGAACUUUCCGCAAAAGUUAGGCGUGCUUUUGGGGCAAACCAAUUUGAAGCCUCUGCUGUUUUGUUAAUUACUUGGAGCGAAUUAUUGAAUGAGAAAUCGGAAUCUAAUACGUUUCAGGCAAGUUUAAAUUUUUUGUUUAAACAAUUGGCAUUAGCUACCGAUUCAAACGAAACUUAUGCCAUUUUUGUCUAUAGCACAAUUAAUUGGACAAAAUCAGGUGGAAGGGUAGUUCAGACUGGAUUUUUUUCUGUUGACGGAAAGAAUGAUAAGGUGCUUGAUCAAAGUAGUUCUUCUGUUGGGGAAGUUGCCAAAGUGACUAAUUUCAAUGAACCUGGUGUUUUUAUUUAUCGUAUUUCUGGAGUUGAACCAACAGAUCCUAGAAGACCAGAAGGCGAUGAUUAUGAAUAUCAACAAGAAACUCAGGAAUAUGACCCGGAUGACCAAAUUGUGGAGUGUCCUCCAGACCCUUACAGAGAUAAAUGUCCACCAACUUGUAAAUUGGUGAUGGAUGACCAACAUUGUAGUCUUUGUAUAUGUUCUAGUGUGCUUUCUUCUUCCUCUGAAAACUUGGCUGGGUCUCCUUAUUCUACUCUUACAAACGAUUUGGGUCAAGAAUUACCUCUACAAAAUAUCCAUCAACAACCAAAGACAACAAUUCAGCGUUCUCCUGAUUUAAGCUGUGCUCCGCUAACAUCUUCUAGUCAGUGCCAUGCUCAUGCCUAUUGUUCCCAAUUUAGGAGCGGUUAUUGCUGUCAGUGCGAACAAGGAUAUAUUGGCAAUGGAGCAGAAUGUUUGCCUCAACAAGAAGCGAUACGUAUUAAUGGUGAUUUUCAAGGUGCAAUAAAUGGGAAAAAUGUACAGAAAACUGAACUUUUUUCUUAUAUCCAACCGGCUGACGGCCAACAACACACUGCUUUAGCUAAAAUUGAUUCAGAAAUUGGGUGGUCUUUACUUUUGGUUGAUUCUUUAAGUACUCCUUUUGGUUGGUUAUUUGCAAAAUCUUCAGCAACUUCUCAAAGCAAAAAUGGAUUUGAAUUGACUGGGGGAAAUUUUACAAGACUUGUUAAUAUACACUUGGGUGACCGUUAUUCACUUGUCAUUCGUCAAGAAUUUACUGAUCGUCAAUUUGAUGAACAAUUUCAUGUUAACGUUGUACUUAGCGGUACCUUACCCGAAAUAUCUGGACCAGUUCAAAUUUCAAUUCCUGAAUUUGAAGAAAAUUAUCGAGUUGAAAAACAAGGCAAUUUAAUAAUAUUGGGAAAAAAUAUUUUUUAUUUUUCUAAAGGAAUGUUGAGGUCCUAUUCUGAACGUUAUAUUCUUUUGCGUGGUGUAGGCAGUGAGGAACAAAAAUUCCGGGUUACUGUAGACCAACAAAUCCACUUCACAGAAUGUCCAUAUAAAGAGCCUAGAGGACCAGAUUCUUUCACUGUCAAAUUUGAACGUGUAAAUGCCAUUUAUGACCAAACUGAAAAUGUUGUUAGAUUUGCUUCACAAUCUAGUAUAUUUAAUGAAGGAGAAAAGUUUGAACGAGAACCAAUAAUUGAGACAAGUGUAGGACAUGUUCCAGAUAAUAGUGGUGGAACACAGGAUGCUUGUACUUCUGGUCGCAAUUUUUGUAAUUUACCAAAUAUGUUGUGUGUCCAAAUACCAUACAAUCCGGGUUAUAGAUGCGAUUGUAGACCUGGUUUUAGAUUAUUUGAGGAUGAUAGUGUUGAGCAAGGAAUGGUUUGCAAAUUAGGUGCAAUUUUUUAA